UCGACUUCCUCGUAUUUUGGAGGGUGGGGGGAAAGAGAGAGAGAGAGAGGUAGAGAAAGACGCGGAGGACGCGCGCGGCGCAGGGUAAACAGUCGCGUGUCCUCGAGCGCUGAGGGAGGGACAGAGCGAGAGAGAGAGAGAGAGAGAGAGAGAGAGAGAGAGAGAGAGAGAGAGCAAGCGAAUGAGGAAGAAGCUUUGCGACGUCUCCUCUCACUGUAAUAGUGGAUUGUACUUCAGCUGGAGCGGCUUGGCAGGUUUAAACACAUCAAAACAGAACAAAGAGACGAGAGACGCUACAGCACUAUAAAAGAAUCUGCAAAAGAAAAGAAAAAAAGGGGGAAACCGAAGAAAGAGAAAUCUCAUCUCAGCGGUUAAAUGACAAAAGAGGCGAAGAAAAAACACGGUUAAUAUCUUUCCAUUUGAUGACGGUGCGUUCGCCUGGACGGUUUUAUGGACGAAAUAUCAACGCGAUCCUUCAGCAGAAGUUCACUCACACAAGGGGCAAAGUUUUUUUUUUUUUCUUUUAAAUUUUUUUUCUUUUAAAGAAAUGACCAAAGCAACCCAAGCGACCACAUAAGGACGCCUGAUUACGACUCCAGAAGAUUUUUUUGGGGGACAUUGGCGUAGAAAAUAGGAAGGAUCAUUUCGUUUCAUCUUGUAAAGUCUGAACUGUACGAAUAUUCCAAUUGCACAGUAUAGAUAACGGAUUUCUUUUUUUUCUCUUUCUCUUUUUUUACAUCCUAUACCUGUGCAUUGUAUCUUUCUUUUUUCAUUGGCAUUUGUUGCUUCGCACUUUCGAUGAUGUUCGCCCCAAAAUCCAACACUGACUUUUAAAGUUUGAAUAAUUCAUGAGAUACAGUUUGCUUGCAUCGAAAAAAAGCGCGCGAGAGAAAGUUUCUGCAAAAAAAAAAAGAGAGGAAAAAAAAGGGAGGGGGGUUUUAAUCAACUGCUGCUCAUAAGAUUGGCGGAAUGGCCACGGCGGCUUCCAAUCCGUAUCUGCCCAGCAGUAGUAUAUUAUCGUCGGGUUCGAUAGUGCACUCGGACUCAGGAGGAGCGGGCAUGCAGCCGGGCGGCGGCGCGGCAACCUCGGUGUCCUCAGGCGGCUUUCGAGGCGAGUCGGCGGUCAAAAUGGUGCAGAGUGACUUCAUGCAGGGGGCCAUGGCGGCGGCGAGCAACGGCGGCCACAUGCUGAGCCACGCGCACCAGUGGGUGACGUCGCUGCCUCACGCGGCCGCUGCCGCCGCCGCAGCCGCGGUCGCGGCCGCCGAGGCCGCCUCUCCAUGGUCCACGAGUCCUGUGGGCAUGGCGUCCAGUCCGCAGCAACAGCAGUCUCAGCAGCAACAGCAGCAGCAGGACGUGAAGAGCAACACGGCGCGCGAGGAUUUGCACACGUCCAGCACGCUGCAUCACCGGCAUUUAGGUGCGCACCAGGCGCACGCGGCUCCCUGGGGCGGCGCCGCAGCUGCUGCACACAUCUCCGCCAUUACAGCCAGCCAGCAGCAGCAACAACAGCAGCAGCAGCAGCAGCAAUCGCUCAUCUACUCGCAACCAGGCGGCUUCACGGUGAACGGCAUGCUGAGUGGGGGCCAAAGUCUCGUGCACCCUGGACUGGUGCGAGGCGGCACACCAGAGCUGGAGCAUGGAGCGCACCCGCACUCUCACCCUCACCAUCAUCACCAUCAGCUUAACCAUCACCACCACCACCAGCAACAUCAGCAUCAGCACCACCAGCAGCAGCAGAGCCACCACGGCCCCAACAGCCACGAGGCACACUCGGACGAGGACACGCCGACUUCAGACGACCUGGAGCAUUUCGCCAAGCAGUUCAAGCAGCGGCGCAUAAAGCUUGGCUUCACGCAGGCCGACGUGGGCCUCGCGCUCGGCACGCUCUACGGCAACGUGUUCUCUCAGACCACGAUCUGCCGCUUCGAGGCGCUACAGCUCAGUUUCAAGAACAUGUGCAAGCUUAAACCGCUGCUAAACAAGUGGCUGGAGGAGGCCGACUCGAGCACGGGGAGCCCGACGAGUAUUGACAAGAUCGCGGCGCAGGGCCGCAAGCGCAAGAAGCGCACCAGCAUCGAGGUGAGCGUCAAGGGCGCUCUCGAAAGCCACUUCCUCAAGUGCCCAAAGCCGUCAGCUCAGGAGAUCAGCAGCCUGGCCGACACGUUACAACUGGAGAAGGAGGUGGUGCGCGUCUGGUUCUGCAACCGUAGGCAGAAGGAGAAGCGCAUGACGCCGCCCGGAGUGCCCCCGACGCCGGACGAUGUGUACUCGCAGGUCGGCAACGGACAUUUUUUAGUAGAUUACUUAAAAGAUGCAAGUUUAAACGGGCCGAGUGAAGCGGGCGACCAGAAGGUGACAACAACCACACGUUCGUUCCAUCAGGUAAUUCUGGCGCAUUGACAUCCAAGUCGGAACAUCUCGAAAUCAUUUGAAAAUGAAAUACCACCACCACCACCUCCCCUCCUCCCUACCUACCCGCUACCCUCACACACUCUUGUUUAUGAGACGGAACAGAAAGCAGGUCAUUGCAUGUAUUGAGAUGGGACGUUAAAUCCUGAGAAAAAAACAAGGAGACGAAUUUCAGCAGUGAAGACGAGAACAGCAUCCACGACGCUUCCGUUUUGUUUUUGUUUUGAUUUUUGUGCAGAAAAGACUGCUCGAUCUAACAUUUUUGUUUCCUUCACAAAAGACACGGAAUGGGAUUUUUGCCCCCUUUGCCUUCCAGAUCUUAUAAACACAACAGACAAAAAAAAAGCCCACCCCUAAAGACUGCUCAAGUUUUCAGAUCUCUAAGAUCAUAUUUUGUGAACGUUUUUAUGUAAAAGACUUAACGUCACACGGAUUUUUUUUUUUGGAAGAAAAUACAAAAAUGAAAAAACAAAAAAAAUUACAAAGAGAGACGUUUGAAAAAAAUAAAGACUUUUCCGGUUUCUCAGCUGCACUUAUUUCAGAUCCUCUGCGGGAGCUGUGGAUGUUCUCCAUGCUGCCAUUUCCAAGCAGUAUUCUUUGGUAGGUUUUAAUAAACGAGACUAUGUAAAAGCCGGCAAUAUAUAGAUUCCUUAGAUCAGAUGUUGAUCGGAAUUAUUUACUUUAUAUUUUCAUUCAAAUGCUUUGUUUUUAAUAUUUUAUUCGGGAUAAAUAUGAACUAUUCCAAAACAGUAAUUUAUUUCUCCCCGUUUCAGAACUGUGUAAAAUGUUCGUUUCCCUGAUUAUUUUUGUUUUCGUUUUUUUUUUUCGACUAUUUGUUUAUUUGUUUCGUUGAAUUUUUUUGUAUAUUUUUUUUUUUUGAACGAGCACAAAUCAAGAACAGACUUUGGCAGUAGACAACAAAAGGGUAUUUUGAUGUGAUGAUUUGAUUGUAAUUUAAUUUUUAGUAGUGAUUCCGUAAGAGAUGAUUGAGAACAAUAAAUUUGUUAGAAUGAACAAAACAAACAACGUCGAUUGUUGUAUUUUGCUCAAAAUAUUUUUCAUAUUCAGAGGAUAUGUUUUAUAGGAAUAUAUUUCUUUAAGGUUUUUUGGAGAAAUGGAAGCCAUGAUCAUAGUAGCUGAUCUUACUGCUGAUGUGGCAGCAAAAUGAUUUAUUUGAAUGCAUAAGAUAUGUUUCAUUGCUUUAUUCAUCCGGGCCUGUUGUGCAUUUUAAGAUGGGCGCCAUGUUCAUGUUUAAUCCCUAAUCAGUGUUUUUAUAUCUAUAACGAGCAUGCUUUAUUUAAAAUCACCGAAUUUUGUAGAUUUAUUUCCCCCCUUUUCAUAUACGACGUGCUCUUUUCUUUAUUUUGCGCCAUGUUGUUUAGCAGCUCGAGUGACUGUUCAGUGGGCUUCGAUCCCACAGGGGCAGAAGUUGUUGUCCAAGGUUGGAUUGUUUACAGCUUUUAGUUGCUCGCCUGUGCACCUGAGUUAUCAUUUCUGGUUUCUUAUGACAGCUGUCAAAAACUUAAAUGCAUGCAUUUGCAUUCGAUUUUACAUGCAAAAAACAGACCUUUGUAUUUUUAUAUAUCUAGUUGCUCCAGAUUAAGUGAAUACUGAGCAAAAACACAAUGUCGUAGUCGUGCAACGAACAGGGAACGAGGAUGAUGUUGAUAUUUAGCGCACACUAGUUCGUGUAAAAAAAAAAAAAAAACAAAAACAAAGAA